UUUCUGCGCUUCAUAUUAAUGAGCAAAAAGAAAAUAUUCAAAAAGGUCUGAGACAUUUUACCUUUUUUGAAAUUCCUGAAAGGCUCGAAAAGCUAGAAAAUGGAUGCCUUUUCGUUUAUUGGAAAUAUCAUCGAGUUUGAAUGUGGAGAAGACAAUAUCUAUAUUGGUUCUGUUCUAGAUAUUGAUGCACAGAAGCAAGAGAUUUCUAUCAAUAACGUUUCAUUAAAUGGCACCAAACUAGAUGUUGCAAGCUUGAAAAUCAAGGCUGAAGAUAUUAAUAACCUCACAAUACUUAGUCAAACACCAAAGGAAGAAAAGGCACUUAUUCCUGAUAUAGAACAGAAACCAAGAUCUAUUGAAAAAAAAGAGAAGAAGGAAGAAAGAUUUAAAAGUAGCCAGGAGCAGAUUCCACAAAUGAAGAAGAACCAAAUCAGAGUUGAGAAGAAGGGCAAUAAGAAACAAAAACAGGGAAACCAGGCACUAAUGAACAAAGCAGAAAAAUACACAACAGAAUUUGAUUUUGAGGGAAACCUUGCUCUGUUUGACAAAGAGGCAGAAUUCAAUGAGCUUAAGGAGAACAUAUUGCAAGGAAUCACAAAAUCAGUAGUCAGAAAUUACAAGGGCAAUGAGAAUAUCCUUGAAAGCGAGCCUGUAUCAUUGAGACAAAUAAAAAUACCAGUAGAACAUGUUGGCAAAGAGUACGCUACCGAUAGUGGCUUUAUCGUCCCAGCAAUUUCUUCAGAGUUGCGAGAUAAACUCUUUACAAAAGCAGAAAGGGCUGGGCUGAGCGCGAUGCAGAGAACAGAGAAUGCUGGAGUAUGUACGUGCAAAAUGGCUUUACAGCUACUCGGCGGAGAGCGACGAAUAUGUCCGAAAAACGCGCACCAGGCCCCUGAGAUUGUUUUGUUAGCCGGACCAAAUCUUAGCGGACUUCAAGGUAUAUGUGCCGCUCGCCAUUUGGCAAAUCACACGGCAACAGUGACAUUAUUUGUUCCAGAAGUCAAUAGCUUGUUGCAGUCGGAGAUAGAAUUGUUUAAAAAGACAAACGGAGUAAUUAUCAAUACAGUUCAAGAGCUUCCUUCACUGCCUGUUGAUUUGGUCAUUGAUGCUUUGACAUGCGUUGAUAACAAUGAUACGCAAUACGAUUGGCUGCCAAUUGUUAUAGGUUGGGCGAAUCACAACAAAGCACCGGUUCUCGCCCUAGAUCCUUGCAUCCGGACAGCCAAACAAGAUUCAAUCGUGAUAAAAUGGUCCAUAGCACUGGCAUUGCCUUUGAUUGGCUCUUCUAAAUGUGGACGCUUGUAUCUUGUUGACGUUGGCAUUCCAUCCGGCAUCUUCAAGGAUGUGGGCAUCACGUACAAUUCGCCGUUUGGUGACAAAUUCGUUAUCCCUUUGCAUGAAAGCUAGUUCCAGUUUUCUUAGCCUCGCUAUCAGAGACUGUUUGGCCGGUUUUUCUUAGUUCUUGGGAAUAUGUAUGAAAAAUGCCGCUGGAAGCAAGUUUGAGGAAUAUCAAAUGCCUCACAAGGAAGCAAACAUUAUGUUAAUUUACUUGCUUUUUUUACUGGUAACCUUCAUAAAAACGCUUUUCAUUUUCUGCAGAAUUUGAAGAAAAUUAUUUGCCCUGUUUUCAAACAGAGAAUACUCUUUUUCAGAAGUCUUGCAGAGUUCCAUUGGUGUUAGCUGAUGUUUAAAGUUUCCCUUUAUAAAAUAAAUCAUUUUCCAGUUUCUGCCAAAUCUGCAAAAGUACCCGGUACUGCUUGAUUUUCUUUGAAUAACUUAAUCCACCAGGCUUUGAUAUUAUCCACCCAGGGUGUUGAAUGGUUAGAGAAGAGACCCUAUUUGUCUACCCAAUCGCACCUCGUAACAGCAAUGUUUUGAAACAGUAAAUAAAACCCCUUUUGAAGAGGUUGGAUAUGUGAUUGCUUGGCAGCAAUAAACUUUUAUUUGUUGAGAAUAAGAUUUUCAAAGAUCAUUGUGAUACUAGAAAUGCUGCUGAUGUAUGUACCAGAAAAACGUUUCGAGAAAGAUCAACAAUUCUCAGCUGUCAAGUCUAACGCCGGAUGGAUAAUGUAAAAUUUGUAUCGCAAGUUUACUUUUUGCCUACUUGCAUCGCGUGAUUUUAGUUUGCUAUUUUUUUGUUUCUUCAAAAUGAGCAAGAUUGCAUACUGUUUAA